AUGACUGACCUAGCAACAACAGCAGCAACAGUUGUCGCAACUGUAGAAGCAUUAACACCUCAGGAAAACUCUACUCUUACUACUGCAGACCAAACAUCUUCCAGUAAUGAUCACAUUCCUAAAAUCUUGAAAGACGAAGCAAAACCAACUGAGGAAAAACUUUUGACUCUAACAAGAAAACUUUUUCUAUUAUUUUUCUUACCAUUAGAAGCCCCUCUAUCAGAACUUUCACCAUCACCAUCAACUUUAGCUUUGACUUCUUCUCCUACUGGAGUAUCGGGAAGUGUUUUAUCAUCAGCUUUUAUAACGUUAACAGUAUCUUUAGCUGGUGGGUUUUGCUCUUCACCUGUGGUUGUAGUAGUGGCGUCAGUUGUUGGUUUUGGUUCUGGUUCAGAAGGUUUCGUUGAUUCAGCAGUGGUGGUUUCAGCGGUAACUGGAGUGGGGAUCAAUGGUGUUUAUUUAACAUCAUAA